CAAUAAUCGGCAAAGAGAAAAAAUGGCGGCGAUGAGCAGAGGAAUCGAUGGUCUUAAACUUUGGGAAAAAUCAGGCAAAUCAGAAUUUAUAAAGCAGUGGAGCACCCUAAAAGAGAAGAAUUUUUUGAUCAAGGAAUCAAAGGCCCUUAAGAAUGCGUUGUAUCAGUUAGCGUGGAGAGUUAUUGGUGGCCAGAUGAAGGUAGAAUCGGCCAUUAGCCUCCUAGAGGAGCUUUGUGAAAGUGUUAAAGAACUCCCUGUUGCAAUUGCAGAUGCCUUUGCUAUCCUAGAUGUUGAGCUGUCAGUUUCUGAUGAUAAUGCUCAGAGGGACAAGUUUAUCUCCCUUGUCACAGGAUGUGAGAAAAUGGUGGCUGCUUCUAUUCUGAAAGAGAGAUUAGAUCAAGAGACAUUAGAGUCCCUUGGUCUUUUGUCAUCAAAGACUCAGUUUAAUCAGAAAUAUGUUAAAACAAAAACAAAGCUCUAUUACAAACAAAAGAAGUUUAAUUUGUUGAGAGAAGAAAGUGAGGGAUAUGCCAAAUUGAUCACAGAGCUGAAUCAGGACAUAACAGAGAAGAUAACUGUAGAACAAAGUGUAGAAAAUCUCAAAUCUCUUAUAGGUUGUUUUGACCUGGAUCCUAACCGAGUGUUGGACAUUUUACUGGAGUCGUUUGAGUGUCGACCACAUCUAGAGAACUUUUACGUCCCGCUGUUUAAGGAGUAUGUCACAGAGAGAAAAACACUCUGUCAUAUCCUUGGCUUCAAAUUCCACUUCUAUAAGGAUGAAGAAACUCCUACUAGUUUAUAUAGGGUGGCAGCCUUAUUACUACGACAUGAUCUAAUUGAUCUGGAAACGCUGUACGGUCAUUUGCUACCUGCAGAUGCUAAGAUUAAGGAGUAUCAUCAGAAAGAAGUGGACGAGGCCAAGGCAUACGCUCGGAAACUCAGCGUAGUCAGUCUGGCUGAGAAAUCGGAGGAAUCCAAGGAAACGGAGACGGUCAAGGUUGAUCUGUAUGUGACAAAUCAGAAGCUUGGAUUGACUGAGGCACUGCUCAGCCUAGGGGUGUGGGGCAAAGCAAAGGAGAUCUUAGACAAACUGCCAGAAUUCUUCGGCACAGUCCACAAACAGAUUGCUACAGGACUGUGUAAUAUGGUGCACUGUAUGAUGGAUUCACUAUAUAAAGAUAAUGCAGGCCUGCCCAGGAAAAUUCUAAAAGGGAAGUUGUCUGGUGAUAAGAAUCUGAUUAAGAAUAUACAGGAAGUGGGUUCGUACCGGGCACUGCACACUGAAGUGUUUCCUAUCAUGCGAUACAUCGGUCCUUAUGCCUCGUGUGAUCCCGUGUUAUUAGUCAAGUUCAUAAGGCUUGGUAAAUGUUUUAUGACCAAGAGGCAGAAUGGAGGUGUAACACCAGAGGAUGACGUGGCAUAUUACGGAUUUCUGAACAUCCUAGACGAGGUGCUAUUACCCAGUAUGUCUAUGCUACCAUGUAACUGUUGUCUGUCAGAGGAACUCUGGACCUUCCUCAAACUCUUCCCUUAUGAACUCAGGUAUCGCCUGUAUGGGAAUUGGAAGAACGACACCUACAGCCAGCAUCCUAAACUCGUCCGAGUCCGGGCUGACUGUCUAGAGCGAGCUAAAUACCUCAUGAAACGUCUUUCAAAAGAAAAUGUGAAGCCAUCAGGGAGACAGUUAGGAAAACUCAGCCACAGUAACCCAGGGGUCCUGUUUGAAUAUGUUCUCUCUCAGAUCCAGACACAUGAUAAUUUUAUUGGUCCAGUGGUAGACUCACUGAAGUACUUAACAUCCCUCUCCUAUGACAUGCUGGCCUACUGUAUUAUUGAUGCUCUGGCCAACCCUGACAAAAGCAGGAUGAAGUAUGACGAUACAAACAUAUCAAAGUGGCUACAGAGUCUUGCAAACUUUGCUGGUUGUAUAUGUAGGAAAUACCAAGUAGACUUGGCUGGGCUGAUGCAAUAUGUGGCAAAUCAACUCAAAGCUGGCAAAAGUUUUGACCUGUUGCUGUUGCGUGAGGUAGUCACUAAAAUGGCCGGUAUAGAAAUCUCAGAGGAAAUCACAGAUGACCAGCUUGAUGCCAUGUCUGGUGGAGAACUUCUCAGACAGGAGGGUGGAUAUUUUGCUCAAGUGAGGAACACAAAGAAGUCAUCCACAAGAUUAAAAGACUCACUGCUAGAACAUGACCUGGCUUUGGCUCUGUGUAUCUUAAUGUCUCAGCAGCGAGACAGCGUGAUUUACGAAGAGAGCACAGAGAGUCAUCUCAAACUCGUUGGAAAACUGUAUGAUCAGUGCCAAGACACUCUGGUUCAGUUUGGGAGUUUCCUGUCUAUGCAGUUGAGCACAGAGGAGUUUGUGAAGAGACUGCCUACAAUUGAUACGCUGAUCACGACGUAUCAUGUACCGGCUGAUGCUGCCUUCUUCUUAUGCCGUCCACAGUACACCUAUGCAAUCAAUUCUAAGUUUGAUGAACUUCGCAAAAUGGACAAAAAUAACAAACAGUCUGGAAGCCAGUUAAAGCAACAACGGUAUAUUGAGGCAGCAGAAGAGGUGAUGAACCCGGUGGUGGAACUGAUACAGCCGAUAUAUAAUCCACGAGUGUGGGAGGACCUCAGUGCCACAUUCUUUGUGACAUUUUGGUCCAUGUCUAUGUAUGAUGUUGCUGUGCCUACAAAUGUGUAUGAUAAACAGAUACAACAGCUUAGUGCCCAGAUAACAGCUAUAGAGGACAAUGAAGAUCUGCCCCAGAGUAAAAAGAAGAAGGAGAAAGAGAGAUGCAGCAGUCUGAUCGCCAAACUGAAGGAUGAAAUGAAGAAACAGGGAGACCAUUGUAGCCGUGUGAUGGCUCGACUGAAGGCACAAAGAGACUCCUGGUUCAUUUCUAGAUCAACAAAGAACGAGACGAUCACACAGUUCCUCCAGCUGUGUAUUUUCCCCCGUUGUUGUUUCACGGCCUCCGAUGCAGUGUACUGUGCUAAAUUUAUCCACAUCUUACACGAUCUGAAGACUCCAAACUUCUCCACUCUCAUCUGUUGUGAUAGGAUAUUCUGUGAUAUCACAUACACUGUAACAAACUGUACAGAGAACGAGGCCCACAGAUACGGACGAUUUCUCUGUGCUUCCCUGGAUACCAUCAUGAAAUGGCACAGCAGUAAGGAGAUUUAUGAUAAGGAGUGUGCUGCUUACCCUGGUUUUGUGACGGUAUUUAGAAAAGGAACAGACAGCGUUAAUAUCGCAGAUCAGCUGGAUUAUGAAAAUUAUCGACAUGUUUGUCAUAAGUGGCACUUCAGAAUCACCAAGGCCAUGGUCGCCUGUUUAGAGUCAGGAAACUAUAUCCAGAUACGCAAUGCUCUAAUUGUUCUAACAAAGAUCUUGCCAAACUAUCCCAGAAUUCAGCAGUUUGGACAAGCUUUGGAGAGACGGGUGGAUCGAUUACGACAGGAUGAGAAAGGAAAACGACCGGACAUAUAUGCUCUGGCCAUGAUGUAUUCUGGACAUCUGAAGAACAAGAAGAACAGCUGGGUUCAGGAAAACAUGUUCCACCACAAAGAGAUGAAGGGGAGAAAGCCUGGAAGUGGAACUGUCAAACAGGAAUCCAAAGCAAAUGGGGAGACAAAACCCUCCAAAGAGAAUGGGGAGGGAAAGGAGUCUUCCAGUAGCAAAGACAAGAAGUCUGAAAAGAGAGAGAAAUCAGAGGGAAAAUCUAAAUCUGACAGAAAAGACGAUGACAAGAAAGACUCGGGGAGUGGAACAAAGAAAAGUUCAAAGGAAAAAUCAAAAGACAAAGAAAAAUCAAAAGAAGAAAAAUCUCAAAAGGAGGAUAAAUCCUCCCAGAAAGAGAAGGGGGUGAAGAGAGACCCCGAGGAUGAGGGGGAGAGGGGGCAGAAUAAAGAGAACAAACGAUCAAAGGAGGAGAAAAAGGAGGAAAGGAACCCAGACAAGAUGGAGGAAAGAAUACGCAUUAAAGAGGAACCUCAGGAUUGGACAGAGAAAGAGGUCAAGGACAGAAAGGAAGGUCAUGACUGUGGUCAAGGAGAUGUGAAGGUCAAAGAGGAGAAGACAGACAAGAUCAAACUCAAAAGGAUACACAGUCCAUCAGAGACGAAGGACAGGGAGCACAAAGACCACCGAGGGGAGCGAGCGUCCAGCAUCGGGGCACACGAAAGUCGGCCGUGGAGAAGUCCAGAGAGAUCAGCGUCCAAGUCGCAUGAUGAGAGAGAUACAAAACGUCGAAAAUUGGAAAGCUCUUCAGCUUCAGGGUCAAAGGACCGGGACCACAGUGAAACUCGGGAUCGUCACAGAAAGAGUCCAUCAAAUGAGAGAGAACGCGAGAGGAAGGACAGAAAACGGAUGAGUCUGGAUUAUCCCGACGGAGCAAGUGAGGGAGAAACAAAGAGACGUAGAAGUGUUGAACCUCAGCAUAGUCAUUCCAGUUCAAAGAUAAAUGGAGAUUCCGAUAAACAUCACAGCAAACGUGACCAGUCCAGGGAUAGACUAGACGGCCAUGUUAAAAUUAAGGUCAAGGAGGAACCAACAGAUGAUUCCCAACAGAAGUCAAAAUCAAAAGACAAAAGUAAAAGCAAAGAAAAAACAAGGGACAAAUCCAGAUCAAGUUCAUCUAAGAAGAGUAAGAAAUGAUAUUUAAGCUUAUAAAGUACAAGAAGUGCUAUGGAACAAACAAAUGGAGGGGACUCCAAUAUCACAAAGACAGAUAAAUGACGUCAUAUUUUGUUGUCUUUCUGAAAUACAGAAAUGUUUUAUUGAUGGAGGAUGAAACAUAUUUUUAUAAACUUAAAAUCAUGUUCAGUGAUUUAUGUCUAGAAACUUCUGUUUUAUUUGUAGAAUGAAGUACAGUAAACAUGUUGAUUAAAACAUACAUACAUCAGAAUAA